ACUUUCACUUUCGUCGCGUAUUUUGCCGGUUCCGAACCUUGCUUUGCGCCGAUUCCACCGCAAUCAUGGCUUGGCUGUUGGAGAGGUCGGGUCGCGACGAGGUGGCCAAUCUCGACACAAACCAGCUCGGAAUCGACGAGGCCUUUUUGACUUUUGAUUUGGGCAACAGGAGCCAAGCAUGGCUCUACACCCUUUCCGAAGAUUGCCACAAGUGUCCAUUCGAGCUCAACUCGAAAAUCGGUCACCUCGAGUCAAAUGUGACGAAAAUCAGCACAAAGCACGCGUGGACUUUGCUUUUGACUGAAAGUGACGAGGGUCUGUUCGUGAAAAACAGCUCAAGCAAGAUUUGCGAGUUGCAAGCCAGCCUCGGACAAUUCGGAAUCUACAAUGUGAAGGCGGACAAAUGCAAAAUUGACGUUAUUUCUAAACCGGUCAAUAUUUACGCCCCUCUAAUUGCAGUGGCGUCCCUACUUGUAUUGAUCGGAGUGAUUUUGGGCUUCAUCAGCAGCGUUCUUAAUUAUUGCAGAAAAAAGCAGAAAUUUGAGCCGGAUCGUGAAUCAAGCAAACCGGAAAAUAAUGUUCAACGGCGACGCGUUUCUUCACUGGACACUUUCCGAGGGAUUAGCAUUUUACUGAUGAUUUUCGUCAAUGACGGAGCUGGCGGUUAUCAAAUUUUGGAACACGUGACCUGGGACGGUUUGCAAUUGGCAGAUUUCGUUUUCCCAUGGUUUCUCUGGAUAAUGGGCGUCUGCAUUCCCAUUUCAGUUAAAUCACAGUUGAAGAGAAAAUCUAACAAGUUUUUAGUUUUAAUCUCAAUUUUCAAGAGAUCAUGCAUUUUAUUCGGACUGGGAGUGAUGCUGAACACCCUGGGCGUUGGACCCAAAUUGGAAACUCUGCGAAUCUUCGGAGUUCUGCAGCGAUUUGGUAUUUUGUAUUUUUUGACAGCCGGAAUUUGCACGAUUUUUUGGCCAACCAAUUUAAAAACGACCGGUAGAUUUUUAGAUCUGCGAACCCUUUUUCCGCAAUGGAUCGUCCACUUGCUCUUGCACGCCGCCCACUUGCUAAUCGUUUUUCUUUACAAAAUCCCCGGAUGCCCGACUGGCUAUUUUGGUCCUGGUGGCAUCAGCGAAAACGGACUCUAUGUAAAUUGCACCGGUGGAGUUUCUGCGUACUUGGACAAACUGAUCUUAGGAGGGCAAACACAUCUGUACCAAAACCCUACGACAAAGUUCGUCUACAAAACAGGGCCAUUUGACCCUGAAGGACCCUACGGUUGCCUUCCAUCUCUGCUGACUGUGUUUUUGGGAGUGCAAGCCGGAGCAAUUUUGCUUUUGUACAAAAAGUCAAGUGAGAGACUUGUGAGGUGGUUUUUAUGGGGCGCUGUGUGUCUCGUAUCGGGAUUUGCCAUCUCCAUCAUCAUCCCAAUCAACAAAAACUUAUGGUCGACAACCUUCAGCCUUUGUACGAGUGGGUCGGCUUUCUUGGUGCUCGUCCUUUGCUACAUUCUCAUCGACAAAAUCUCCCUCUGGAACGGAGCUCCCUUCCUCUACCCUGGAAUGAAUGCGACAAUAAUGUACGUCGGCCACAUGGUGGCUUACCAGUUGUGGCCGUGGCACUGGUCCUUCGGUCGGAUGGACACGCACUUGAUUCUGCUCGUGGAGGCUCUUUGGGGCGUUGGUUUGUGGACGAUCAUCGCCUACAUACUUUUCAGGAAAAAGUUUUUCUUGUCCAUAUAAAUUAUUAAAAAGAUCUGUGGUUUUUUGUACUCAAAA